CCUGGCGGGGACUGCGGCUGCGCUGCUGGAGAAAGGGCAGGCGUCGUCGCGGGGCUGGCCACUUCCGUACUUCCGCUUUCCGGCCCAGCCAGCGCCCGCGAUGACUGCCACGCUUCGCCCCUACCUGAGUGCCGUGCGGGCCACGCUGCAGGCUGCUCUCUGCCUGGAGAAUUUCUCUUCCCAGGUGGUGGAACGACACAACAAGCCUGAGGUGGAAGUCAGGAGUAGCAAGGAGCUGCUGUUGCAGCCUGUCACCAUCAGCAGGAAUGAGAAGGAGAAGGUGCUCAUCGAGGGCUCCAUCAAUUCUGUCCGGGUCAGCAUUGCUGUCAAACAGGCUGAUGAAAUAGAGAAGAUUCUGUGUCACAAGUUCAUGCGCUUCAUGAUGAUGCGGGCAGAGAACUUCUUUAUCCUUCGAAGGAAACCAGUGGAGGGCUAUGACAUCAGCUUCCUGAUCACCAACUUCCACACCGAGCAGAUGUACAAGCACAAGCUGGUAGACUUUGUGAUCCACUUCAUGGAGGAGAUCGACAAGGAGAUUAGUGAGAUGAAGCUGUCGGUCAAUGCCCGGGCACGGAUCGUGGCGGAGGAGUUCCUCAAGAACUUUUAAGCUGUGUGGCUGAAUCUCGUGGCCUCCCUCUCAGACUCCCUGUGUCUGCAUGUGUCUGCGAAGGCGUCCUGAAGUCCUCCCCAGAUGGCAGCGGCGAUGGCAGCGGCAGCAGCGGGAAGCCAGUUGGGGGUGGGCGAUAGGUGUGGGAGGGGGUGGUGUGCUUGCUAGCUGGGCAAGGAAGCAGUGGGCAUGCCCAAAGGCUACACGUGCCUGGUCAGGCUAGCUUGUCACGUUCAGUCCCCUGGGCUGGGACGGGAUUUUUUUUAAAGUCUGAAAUUUAAACUCUGUGCUUGUAGGAGACUGUAACCUUUUUGUCUCUCUCUCUCUCUUUUUUUUUUUUUAACAAACACCCUCCACUGCGGUGGCUGUGACUGGU